UAUGCAUUGAAUUUGCAGGAAAUGUGUAGUUUGCCAUGCUGAAAAGGUGUUAUCUUGGUGUAAGAACUGUCGUGUGGAAUGAGCAGUGUCUCUUCCACAUCAGCAAUAAGUUAGAAAUGCCAAAGAAACAAAAUAACGCUUCAAAACAGUCUCCUAAACCACCUGCUCAAGAGUCGCAGCAGGACUAUCCAGUUUCCACAAAAAAAGAUGGCAGCAUAGAAAUAAAGAUACUGGCCAAGCCUGGUGCAAGACAGAAUUCAAUUACAGACAUCAGUGAGGAUGGUGUAGGUGUCCAGAUAGCAGCGCCCCCUGUUGAUGGAGAAGCAAAUACAGAAUUGAUAAGAUAUAUCUCAAAGGUGCUUGGUCUAAGGAAAUCAGACGUGACAUUAGAUAGGGGUUCAAAAUCACGGAAUAAGACUAUUGUGGUGUCGUCUUCCAGUUCAACAGUUGAACAGGUCAUGAUGAAUCUACAAAAAGAGUUGGAAGCAAUGUCAUGAAUGAAUGCAACUAGCUAAAAGAACUUUCGCAACAAGUGCAAGAUGUUCAAAAGAAGGAUGUAGUCAUUGCAGUCAACUUGCAUUUAUUGUGCUGUGGACUAUUACUGUAAAACUGGAUGUGCCAGUGGUUAAAUGAGGACAAUGCAAUGUUGAUAAUACAUGAACUAUUUCAAUGCUAGAGAUAUCUAGAUGUGCCAAAAUCUUGAAAAUCAGGAGAGUAUAUGACUAAAAACUAACUAUAAAUAUAUGUGGACUUUUCUAGUGCUCGAGAGUGUCUCUGGAUGUGCCAUUUGUUAAAAUGGAGGACGAGGUACCGGUAGUUGUGAUAUGUCUGGACUAUGUUCAAAAUGAGGAAGAGGCAUCUCUGUUCUAAGAGUAUCUCAUAAGAUAUGCCAGUCUUUCAGAAGGAUGAAUGCUGAUGCUGCCUAUCUCAACAUUCAUAUUUUUGGAUAGGCCAGAGUGUCUCACCAGAACUCACUGUCAGUCCAAAACACAAUGUCAACAAUGGUCUGUGACUUUGUAAUAAAAAGGCCCAAU